AUGGCCCGUCAGUCGCGUGGAUUGGAAUCUAAAAGAGUGACAGCUGAAUUGUUCACUUUGACAUAUGGUGCUCUUGUUGCUAAUAUUGUUAGAGAUUUCGAUACAGAUGCAGAAAUUAAUGAACAGUUGGACAAAAUCGGAUUUAAUAUUGGUCUAAAGUUGGUUGAAGACUACUUAGCGCGUGGGAAUCCUGGUCGUUGUAACGAUUUCAAAGAAACCGCUGAAGCAGUCGUGAAAGGCUUCAAAAUCUUUUUGGGUAUAACUCCAACUAUUUGUAAAUUCAGUUCAGCUGGUGAUGAAUUCAGUCUUGUAUUGGAGAAUAAUCCUUUGACAGAAUUUGUUGAUCUUCCUGCUGAACACCAAAACCUACUUUAUUCCAACGUAUUGGCUGGUGCGAUACGUGGUGCUUUGCAUAAUGUACAACUUGAAGUUGAGGCUCGAUUUGUUCAAGAUCAAUUACGUGGUGAUCAAAUCAAUGAGAUACGCGUAAAAUUUAUUCGUCGUAUAGAAGAAAUUAUUCAAGGAGAUGAUUAA